AUGAGCGAAAUACCUGAACCUAUUCCCCCAGAGCUCCCUACUGAGCACACCAUGGAAGCAAGGAUUAGAUGGGAGAUGGAGAAUGCCAAGUACAACAAUGAUUACAACAUCUAUCGGGACAAGCUCGAAGGUGUUAGCAAGAUCAGGCAGGAGAUCUUCAGAACAGUGGCAUUUAGUGAGCUAGAAGUAGCAACUUCUGGAAAUGAUUACAUGGAUGUCAAGGAUAUUCUAAUUGCUCUUAAGAAGAGGUUAUCACCUAGAACUGCGGACCACCAGUACGAGGUAUGGAGGAAGUAUCAGAGCUUGCGAAAAGUGCCUAAACAGAACCUAGAUCAGUGGUUAGAUGCCUGGAUCCUGAUUGAAACAGAAAUCAAGCACUCUGGUAUGGAUGGCAGCUUUGAUAUAUGGGAGGAUUUCUUCUAUGCCAAUGUACCUAUCGAUAAUCCGUACGCUACCGUCCGAAAGAGGGAAGUUGAGAUAGGAGGAAAGGAGAACUUCUCCUUCGCAGAUGUGGUCAAUGAUUUCCGAUCCGAAUAUCGCAAGAAGGGAUACAGCAAGCCAGGACUGCUUGUGUCCAACCUUGCUACCUUAAAUGGCCGGCAAGCAGGACAACCAAGAUCGAGAACCUGCGUUUGUGGUGCAAAGCAUCCCUGGGUCAAAUGCUAUUAUCUCAACCCAAGCCAGAAACCAGAAGGGUGGAAGGAGAAUGAGCAGCGACGUAAGAAGGUGGAUGAGGCACUCAAGAACGAAGAUAUCAAGAAGAAGAUAGAUGCAGCGUUAACCAAGGUAGCUGCUUCAAAUACUGAGAUGGUAGAUCAAGCGCUAGGAGGCAUGGUUCUUCUAAAAGGAAAGGGAGAACCUACUGAUCAUUCUAUCGAUCAUUUUAUCGAUAUUCAGUAUUUGGGUCAAUCUUCGGACUUUAUCCAGUUCCGACAAAGAGCCAUUAAUGUCCAUUGUCAAUAA